AUGGACCUACAGAUCACUCAGUGGUUGCAUGAAGACCAAUCAGAAGACGAAGAGGCAUGUGAAGUCGCUGUUCCUGACCUUGAAAAUGAUGUUGACGAAGACGGAAUUAUUGAAGACUUUCGAGCAGAACAUCCAGAUGAUGAUACAGAAAAUUCUUCAUCGGUAGAUGACACUCCUCUGAGUAAUUACAGUUCAGAUCUGAUCACCCCUCAAAUGGAAGAACGAUUAACAUGGCGCUCUUUGCCCAUGAAUCUUCAAGUUCUCUUAGGUGGAAUCUUGCAAAAGAAGCGGCCAUUGCAAGAACCAAGUUCUGAUCCCACUGCUAAAAAAAAGAUGUGCAAUGUGCCCAAGGGGUAA